AGUCUUCUAUUUUGAUUGCAAAGCCAAAAUACAGUUUUGCAGAGAUGUGAAUGGAAGAGCUGAGUAAGCUGUAUUUGAUUGAACAUCUUGGGAGUUGGAGGUAACCUAACGGAAGUUAUGAAGCCUGUUCAAUGAAAACUGAAUAUUCAAAAAUCCAUUAGGAAAGCCCACAAGAUGUGGAUUCUCCAAGUAUUAUUAAAGUGAGAAGCUAGGCCUCCUUUAGAGAAGAAUAAUCACAAAUAAAAAAAAAACAGAGAAUAUAGUGUAGUGGACUGUCUGAGGUUUUUAUUUCAUCUCUAUUUAGUUAUCAUGUGCCGAAUAUUCAUCUUGUCUGUUUGGUGAGAAAAAUGGAUGAUCCGGAUUCCUUCUUAUCAAACCAAGGGUCGAGACGCAAGCAAUGAUAUGUCAAUGCGGGAUUUGACUAUUCUACGCCACGUCAGCAAAAGGUGGGUCUCUCGUUGGCUCACUGAGUUUCAUGAAUCAUUGUAAUGCAGUCAGUAUGUUCUGGGCGAUCUGUAUGUGAUCUGCAACUGUGCCAAUUCCUACUUUCUCACUUGAGCUCAUGCCAAGGGGUAUAAACAUGACAGCUAGCCUAGGUAUAUCCAAAAUUCCAAAAUGCAUUAUGGGUUUUCUUUUUUCCAGAAUUUAAUAUAACAUACUUGAGCCAGUUAAAGUAUUUUCUUUAGAACUUAGUAUUCAAGGAUGACUCCAUUAGUAUUAUCUAAACCAUGUCCUUUAAGAAGUUAAGCAUCUCUUUAGGGACAAAAGGAAGACACCAAAGAGGCAUCUUAUCUUUUGGGAGGGGUUAAGGCCUUAUAUUCACAAGUUUCCCCCACUCUUUCAUAUGAAUUCCAAUUGGAGGUCCAAAGGAUUUGGAUUCCAUAGUAUAUAUAACUUUUUUGAAAGAUAGAGUGACUAGGUUCACAUUCAUUCUGUUCAGCGUUGGCUCGCCGCGUCGCCUCAAAUCUAAGAAUUUUUUCUGCCAAAUACUUUACUUGAGGAGGGGGGAAAAAACAGAGAUGGAGAGAGACAGAGAACAGACACAAAGUAAAGCAAUAAGAGGAAGUUUGCUUAGCUUACAUGCAGUUUGUUGAGUGUCUUAAAGAAUGAUCUGAAGAUGUGGCAGGCCAUGAUACACGUGAGGAAUCUUACGGAGCAUAAUCCUAUGAACAAUAUAAGCACACAUGUCACAGUGUUGGAGUUCAUACAAGUUUUGUUCAUGUCACACUAGAAUUUCAACACGCUCACCACAAGCCGUAAAAAGAAGCUAACAGAUUGCUAGCUAGCUAAUGGGUGUGAAUCUUCGAAUGGCAUUUCAAUUAUUGCUAUAAAGUGAUCCAAACAAAGCGAGGGGGCAAAAUACAAGUUGGAUAUGAAAAUGCACGAGAAUGAGACGUGGAAUUGAUUCUCCAUAAAUUUUUUCACUUUCAAAGUCUCAAACUUCAACUGCAGAUACACCACAUAGUUGGGCUGCAAAAUUCUGCCUAGUGAAGGUUUAUUUGCCUCUGGUUCAUCAGGGGAUUUUUGAUAUUGUUCAAGUCAAUGACCGCGUCUCUUACCCUGGAUAUGUUCUUCUGCAAUAAUGCACAGGAAUCACUUAAAGAAAGGCACAAGAGGUGGGAUUUAGAUGGAAAGAUAGUGCGUGUACAUAUGCACUAUAAUUUCCCACCUAAUAGAAGAUUCCACUUCCAAUCCCACCAUUUCUCAGUAUCUCUAUCUUUCAGAUAUUUCUGCUUCUGGAACCCCAUUUUCAGAAGACACUCUCUCUAGAUGACCAGGGAACAGAUCUCGCUAGAAUAAUUAGACCACCAGGGAACAGAAAGAGACAUCCGUGUCCCAAGUCUCAACUACAAUCAGUAUAUAAAGCCUCCCAACUCUAGCAGCAAAUUUUAUCACAGCAACUUACCUGCUUUCUCUGAACUACUUCUCUACAAACAUCUGUCAAAACAUUGCUGAGUUGCUCCUACCGUUAUUCAUCAGUAUUCUUAAGAGAUCUAGAAGGAGCAUAUUGACAAAGAUGAGCUACACCGGACGUGAUUGGCUGUGUGGUGUUUGCCAGCAUGUUAAUUUUAAGAGGAGAGAUGCAUGCCAACGUUGUGGGUACCCCAAGUUUGGAGGUACCGAGGCAUCAAGCUGUGGGAACAAUAAGAACAGUGAAGCAUUAAUGCCGGGAGACUGGUUUUGCAGUGCUGAGAACUGUGGAGCUCACAACUAUGCAAGCCGAUCAAAAUGCUAUAGAUGUGCUGCUUUCAAAGAUGACAAUGCUGGCUCUGAUGGAUAUGGACUUGGUAGUAGCUUGCCCCCACCAGGGUGGAAGCCUGGUGAUUGGAUGUGCUCUAGCUGUGGGGCGCAUAACUAUGCUUGCAGGGAAGAAUGCUUCAGGUGCAAUAACACCAAAUGAUUAUGGUAAGAAAAGUCCACUUACUAUUGAUGGUAUCAAAAAGAAAAAAGAAAGUUGAGUCCUAAAAAUGAUAUUACUUACUAGCAAGUGUUUUUCAAUGUCAAUUAUCUCCUGACACAUUUAUGACUUGUAUUUCAGGCCG